AUGUCGCUGCCGCCGUGGCAGCUCGCGCUGCUGCGCAGUCUCCCAGCCGCGCCGGCCUUUCUACGGCGCCGCCAGACUGUAUCCUUUUCCGUCUCGGCUUCACGCGCGAUCCGCCAGCGUCCGGGGGCGGCUCGACGAAUCCAGCGGUCAACCGUCAGAGAGGAGCUCCCAUCUUCGUGUCGGGAUGAUGUCCCGUCAGAACGAGCAGCACCGGCCAAAGCCAGCGACCGGUCUGGCUCUCCCGCGACUACGCCCAAGUCUAAGAGCAUGCCUCGACCGGCACAUAAAGAUGCUCCCAGCCACGGCGCACAACCACGCAAAGCGGCACUGGAACAUAAGCCUCCCCCAUCCCCCGAAGCGCACGCUGCCGCCCUCCAGCGCGCCAUCGCCAAGAUCCCCGCCGACGCCCGCUCCCUCGCCACCUACAAGCUCAUCCGGCACUCCCCCUCAUCGCCCCUGACCGUGAAGCCCUCCCGCGGCGAGUCCCACCAGCUCGCCGCCGCCGAGCGCUUCUUCGAGCGCCACCCCUGCCGGCUCCUCUACUCCGCCGCGUCCGCCUCCCCGCGGCAGCACGCCCCCAACGCGCACGUCCCCGAGGUGGCCAUCCUCGGCGCCUCCAACGUCGGCAAGUCGUCGUUCCUCAACGCCCUCGCCGGGCGCUCCCGCAGCGGCGGCAGCGGUGCCCUCGCGCACGUCAGCCAGCGACCCGGCCGCACCACCCUCAUGAACGUCUUCGGCGUCGGGCCCCGGCCCAAGGUCCCUGCCUCGCUCGUUCGCAAGGGCAGCGCCCCGCCGCGCCAUAGCCUCAUCCUCGUCGACACGCCCGGGUACGGGUACAGGAGCCAGGCGAGCUGGGGCGAGGCCGUGACGGGGUAUAUCCGGGAACGGCACAUGCUGCGUGGCGCGGUGCUGCUGCUCUCGUCGGAAAAGGGCAGGCUGCUGCCCGAGGACGAGUGGCUGCUAAAGACGCUGGCUGAGGCGAACACACGCACGCUCGUCGUGCUGACCAAGGCGGACAAGGGCGGGCGCGGGGACUGGCCUGCGAGAUGCGGCGCCAUGGCGGACAUGCUGCUCCGUGAACUGCGGGACCUGAAUGAGUCGGUAGGGGGCGGCUGGAGGACGGCUGCGGGCGCGACGGGGGACGUCUUUAUCACGGCGGCGGGCAUGGACACCACGGGGAAGCUCGGCAACGGUGCGGGCAUGGGGGCCGUCCGCGCGGCGAUUCUGGAGAUGGCUGGCUUCACGUUGCAGGACAAGGUGGCCAAAAAGGACGAGGCGGUCACAUACACGGGGCCAAUAGUCUCCUUUGAUGACAUUCCGUGGCAGUAG